UGCAGCUUCAGCAGACACACGAGAGCCGAAGUGAACGCUGGAUCUAUUUGGGGUCACAAUCCAACAGACUGAGAGAGCAACAGGGAACAAAGAAUAGGAAUGAAGAAAAGUCUUUAAGAUAAGGUGAAUAUUAGGACACCACAUCCGAUGGGAGAGAGCAGGAUAAGAGGACGCAAGAUCCUUGCUGUCAUCAUCUGCAUGGAUCCCCAUCUGGUUGGACAUGCUGUUUUGAGCUUAAUACUCCGUGACAUAUAGAGGCCGCAGAACUGAAGGAUGAGCUCAAUGCAAAGACGGCUGAGUCAGCUGCUUGGUGCAUGGAGAUGGAAGAGGAGGUUGAAGGUUUCUCUGAACCCAGCCACUGGCUUUUACUGCAGGACCUUCUGCUCCUCCACUGCAGAACCAGUAGACCCCAUAGAGAUCCACAGGAGGAAGCUCUUCCUAUGGUUCAGCCACCUUCCUCAGGAGGAGAAACAGUUUGGUGGUUACUUCAGCCCAGAGACCAUGCAUGUGGAUCCACUGAUCCUGGAAAGAACUGCUGAAGAGAUGAUAGGCCUGCUCAGUUCCCCUCUCCAAUCUCACACCUCCUCCAGCCAUUCUGUGACAGUGGAACAGCUGUUUGAGCCUACUGAUGUCUGGAGUGAGGGCCGAGGACUUAACGUGCUGCUGUAUGGGGCCGUGGGAACAGGGAAAAAUACAGUGGUCCGAAAGCUGGUGCUGGAUUGGUGCUCUGGGAUUGCCCUGACCCACUUCAAGCUGCUGGUUCCUUUCUCUUGUGAGGACCUUGGCCAGCUGUCAAAGUCAGCCUCUUUAAGGGACCUGGUGAGCAGGAAGUACCUCCACCUUAAAAAACACCCUCUGCUGAGUGGGGAGGGAAACCAGGCCAAGGAUGUGCUCUUCCUCUUCAAUGGAAUAGAGAAGAUGAAACUGGACUUCCGAAUUGGAGCCACAGAGCUUUGCAGUGAUCCUAAUGAGGCGCUGCCUCCAGGUGUAGUGGUGGUCAACUUGCUAAGAAAAUACCUUCUGCCUGAGGCCAGCAUCUUGGUAACCACCAGGCUGUCUGCUCUGGAUCGUAUCCCUCAGAAGUAUGUGAGUCGCUGUGCACAGAUUUGUGGCUUCAAUGACCCAGACCGCCAGCGGGCCUACUUCACCAGCCGCCUACUGCAGCAGAGUGGGGAGACUAACCAUGAGGCCCAGGCUCUGAUAGAGCUGCUUUACCUCAACCUUCAGAGAGAAAGCCAGUUGGCUACUGCUUGCUUCCUCCCCUCCUACUGCUGGCUCACAUGUGCUACCUUACACUUCCUCCAUUUCACUGACGCUAAGGCACCCAUCCGCACACUGACUGGCAUAUACACCAGUUUCCUCAGGCUCAACUUUGGAGGUGAGGUGCUGGGCAAAGGGACAAGGACAGAUGUGCCCAUUCAGGAACACCACAAUUCUCUGAUGCUGUAUGUAGUCCGUACAGUUGGGAAACUUGCGUUUGAUGGUGUGACAUACAAACGCACGUCGUUCUCAGAAAAGGAGUUGGAGCAGUGGAUAGGAGGGAAGACCAAGACAGACGAGGAGCUACGUCAGCUGGCUGUGUUCCGCACUGAUGUGCUAGACUUCUUCUUGGCUCCCUGUGUUCAAAGUGGUAAGCAUUUUCCAGAACAACCCAGUGAGAAUGAUGAGAGGCGGUAUGUAUUUGCUGUUCCAGAAAUGCAGGAGUAUCUGGCAGCUCUCUACGUGGUUCUGGGAGAGAACAAAUCGGCUCUGGAGAAGCUGACCAGGCAGGUGUCUGUGGCCAUUGGCCAAGCAAGUGAAGAUGUCAGUGCCAUCGUCAACAUCUUUUCUAAGUUCAUCCCACUCAGAAUAUUUGCUGUGUUCAACCUCCUUAAGCUUUUUCCGAAGCUCUAUGAAAAAAUCAGCAGUCACAACAAAGGCAGCAUAGCCAGAACCAUGGCAGCUGAGAUGUUCCGCACCGAGGAUAGCUACAAUGAGGAUGUCCUGGAUCAGGUGGAGCAAAGCCUUCUGGGAGUUCAUGGUCCGCAGCCACAGCAGUAUAGUGAGGGCCAGCCCUUUGAGCUCUAUCCCAUUUUCAUGGGUGGACUGUUGCAUUAUGGUAAUCGUGUCCUUCUCCAGCAACUUGGCUGCAGCAUUCAGAGCACCACCGUAGCCCAGAUCACAAAUGCACUUCGGAAGUACCUUGUCAGAGAGCUCAGCAAGCCACAGCCACCAGAGGAGCUGAUGGAUCUACUGGUCCUUCUGUAUGAGUUUCAGAACCCCAGACUGACUGCAGAGGUUCUGGCCUCAAUCAGAACCAUCCGUCUUACCAACAUUCGUAUGACGUCACUCAAAUGCUUCAUACUGAGUUCUGUGCUCUCAUGCACCCCUGCAAGUUAUCACCUUGAUGAACUGGACCUGUCCUCCUGUCUCCUGACUCAUAACAUGCUUCAGAUGCUGUGGCCUGCAUUCAGACACACACAUAACCUCAACCUGCAGUUUAACAGCCUGGGUCCUGAGUCUUGCAUCCUCCUGAGAGAUCUGCUCCUAGACCCCAAGAGCUCUAUUAGAUCUCUACAACUGUGUGACAACCCUCUGCUGGAGUCUGGAGCCUGCACCCUGCUGGAGGCUUUUCCUAAGAACCAGUCUCUGAAACACCUGUCCCUGAUGCACACUGGGCUAGGGGACCAGGGAGCCUUGGAAUUGGCUGAGAGGCUUCAGGAACACACAGGACUCCAGGAGCUCAAUGUGGCUUAUAACAACAUCGGAGACAACGCUGCUCUGACUCUAGUGGACGCUUGCAGGGAACACCCCAGUGUUCACACAGUGCACUUGUAUUUGAACCCUCUCAGUGAUGUGGGGAAGCAGUCCCUGUAUGUCCGAGGUGUUCCCAAGAGCCACAGCGGCCAUCGAGUCAAGGUCCUGGUUUCAGUCACUGAGGGCUCAGACAUCUCAGAGGACUGGCACCCCAUCCUCCGUGUCAUACGGGAGAAUGCCUCAUCCUGGGACCGUGAACGUGUCAAGCAACAGCUUAAGGUUUUCCUCAGGGAUUUGGAGUGGGGGCGUCAGCAGCAGCAGAGUCUUUGGAAGAGGCUGCACUUCCGCAGGGUGGAGAAGGGCGUCCAGCAAACUCUCCAGAUGCUGGAGAAGGACACCCUACCUUCAUCCACAGGAUUAAGCAAAUAACCAACAAACAUCAAGAGGUGAAAGAGCAGUGAAUACCUUC